UUUUUGUAUCUUCUUGUGCAGGUCACCCUGGUUUUCAGCAACCAUGACCACUACAGUCGAACAAGUGCAAUUCAACAUAACCGAGGAUGGCGAAACUACCACUCCCUUCUUCCCGGUUUUUCCUGAAGAGCCAAUUAAUGUGGCAUAUGUGGUUGUACUCUUCGUCGAACUGUUUAUUGGCGUUCCGGCCAAUGCCAGCCUAAUAUUCUUAGUGGCCCGAGUUCGAGAGCUUCGGACGGCACCAAACUUACUUCUUGCGAACUUAGCGGUAGGCGAUCUUAUCUUCCUCUUCGCCAGUAUCCCAGUGAGCCUUUCGCAACAAUUCAAGACCUACGAUUCAUCCAUCACCUUCUGUAGGUUCCAGCACGGUGUCUACUACAUUUCAUUUGCCGUGUCCGCACUAAGUCUGACGGUGAUUAGCUUGGAAAGAUACGGUGCAAUAGUCAAACCCUUUACGCUGAAGAGUGUCCGAGAGAGUCGAAGCACGGUCAUUAUUUGCGUCAUCAUUUGGAUAGUGUCCAUCUUGUUAUUUGGCAUUUACCCAAUGUAUCUUGCGGUGCCAAAUUUCUAUUACAAAUCCUGCACAAUGCCCUAUCAUGGAAAGCCCUUCAGGACAUACUUCGUCUUGCAACUUGUAUUACUGUACCUGGUGCCAUUAUUCUGCAUGACAACAUUCUACGCGUUCUGCACCCGCGAGCUUCUGCGAAAGCGCCGGAUCUUGGGGCAGAGAUCAACAGGACGGGGGAACAGCGACAGAUCAAGGUCUCGCGUGGCAUUUAAUCUAAUGUUGAUCACAUUUCUGUUUGCUCUGUGCUGGUUGCCGAACUAUGUUUAUUACCUCUGGUUUUUGUUCGUGAGAGAUUUGGAAUCAUUCCGAUCUCCCAUUUUUGUACAUCUCAAAAAAGUAAGGUCGGUGUUUUACUAUCUUGCAUCAUGCAUAAAUCCCAUGAUCCUUUACGCCAUGAGCACAUCUUUCAGACAUCAUCUGAUUGCAACAAUGACUUGUGCCGAAAAGAAGAGUGCCAGGACGCGAAACGGCCACUGCACUCGCGAGACCCAACGCUCUGUCACGUUGAAAAGCACCAUCAGAAUACCGGAGCAAUCGACAAGUAAUUCAGUUUUGUAAUAAUUCAAUAGUGUAGUUACAUGUAUUGUUUCAUGAAUUACAUGAACCCAUACAACUGUCAUGACUGUGAUCAUUAUAUAGAGGUAUAGGCGUCUGCGGUGUACAUUAACACUCCUUAGACCUACUAAAAUCAUUAAUAAUAUCGUCGGUAGCUACUAACUUUCUUAGUGUAUUUCCGAUAGGGCCUUCAGUCUUGUCUUCUGUGAACUUUCUAAGGACUUAUUGAAAUGAUCCUUUGAUGGGAAUGGUAAACUAAUACUAACACAAAUAUAAUCUCAUUAAUGUCAGAGUACAUAUCAGCGGUGAUCUAAUGGACUUUUUACCGUUUCCGCUUCACUCCAUAGGACUGGCGUUCCUGCGGAUGUAUGAACUAAAGCCAUGAUGUGCGAUAACCAUUUUGGAGAAGCGAAAGUACAGCAAGAGUCAACUCCGCAAUUUGUGCUUUGGCAUGUGUGCUAUGGCAUACAAGUACUGCGCUCCAUUCUUCGUCAUGUGUUCAUUGUUUUUGGACAUCGUCAAGUUCAUAUGAUGGAACAGUUUGAUUUAUGUGGCAGCUGAUAGCAUCUAUACAAGCGUGUGAGACAUAUUUUGGGGUAUUCUCCACUAACAAGCAGCUAUUAUCUGUAGAUAAAAGUUAUAGUUAUUAAAGACAUGUGCGUCGAGCACCAGCAAACAAGAUGUGCUGCAAGAUAAUCGAAUGUGUGCCUGAAAAUUAUUUGUCAGCUCGAAUUCACAACAGAACAAUAUUUUUUUAUUUAAGUGUUUUCGACGAAUGGAUGAAACGUUUAAUAUUCGCAUGAAGUAUUUAGAUUGUAUUUUUUUCUCAAAAGGCGAUAUGCUCAGCUGUAAAACGUGAUUGCAGAAACAUAAUCCAAAAUAGCCUCAAAUUAUUAACAUGAUUAAAGCAAACGUUUAUCUCAAUUCUGGUAAUUCCCGAGUAUCAAGAUGUAUAGUUCAAAUCACUUACCCCCCCCCAAAAAAAAGAUAGAAUUUUCAAGAUUGUUAGACUUGUUUGACAACAUUGUUUUCAAGAGACUCGGUUGCUCAUGUGAUCUUACAAUCCUGGAAAUAAUCAACAAGGUAACCAACAAUGGCUUAGUAUUUUGAAGAUAAUCAUUGUCACCACAAGUUGGCUUAAUAAUUAUUGUUUCCAUGCAUUACUAUUUUUGCGUGAAGUCUGAUUUUGACUUAAUAGACCCAAAGUAACUAAUUCCGAAGAAAAUCAAGUGUUACCACUGUAUGAACAAAACAAGAUUAUUGUUGAAUUACGAAAAUCCGUAUUUAGUGUGACUGACUAUGUUACAUAACAUCCGUGACGUCUGUUUUAUCAAAGACGUUGCAUGUCUUAUUACCGUAGAUAUAAAUUCAUUCAAAUAUUUGUUUUACGUGUCAUGGAUGUUUUCCAUUCUGAAACCUCCAUCAUUAAUUACAAUUAAGAAAAAAAUAUACAUAUGUUUUUAAUCUUUCUAAUUUCUGCAUGGAUUUUUAACAAGUAUUUCGAUUUUGCAAUAAUGCAAAAUGACAACGGCUGCAUAAUUUGAUAUCUUUGAACGAUGUAAUAAAAACCUUUGUAACAAUAUGAAUGCCUGACGUUUUUUAAGCCAAUGUUAAUUUAAUUGAUUUUAAGAACAAUGAUUAAUACUUUGUAUAUUACUCUGUGACACUAAGACACCGAAGAUGUAGACGUAAAUUGAAUUGAAACAUACAUUAAUUUGCGAAAUACUGUAUGUACAUGUACAUCUAGUAUACGUAGUAAUGAAUGUAAGGAUACAGUGUAUUUCAGUACCAACCGAAGAACAAGGUGUAGUUUUUUCACCCUAAAUGCAUCACCGGCAGCCCCUCUUUGGGUGCAAGCUUGGAGCUCAUGGUGCAAAAUGCACAAUUUUGAUUGUAUUCAUCCAGAAUGGCCGUUUGUACCAAAAAACAUAAUGCGCGUAUUUUUUUCCUUUCCGUAAAUGUAUAUACAACUCUGCACUCUACAAGGAAAAUUCAUAAGUGCACCAUUAAUGUUUCGUAAGGUGUAAAAUUGUACCCCAAAAGGGGGUAGUCUUAUUUUUCUAAGUAUUGCACCAGCUAAAACAUGCAUGAUCAUAUUGACUGUAUCAUACAUACAAGCGUAUCCGAUUUGUAUUAUCUAGAAAACAUUCUGAAAAUGGUAUUUCUCAAAUUGGACACACUGUCUUUGGAAAGACUGAUAUGACUGUAUAAUGUAUUCAUAUAUAUAUACAUAUAUAAAUAAUUCACGUAUAUCAUGUUUAUGUAUAUAUACUUAUCUGUGAUGUGUAUUUCGAAAUAUCAUAUUUACAUCAAUGAAUCAAUUAUUAUCUAGUGAAAUAAUUAUUUACAGUGUAAAUAUCAAAAUGUAUAUACAUGAAUAUAGGCUAUACAUGUGUAGCAGGCAAUGAAAUUUAUUAUUCAAUUGUUAUGCCUCAUAGCCAAUUGGGAGUCCGCUCAUACAGUGCAAUCAUUUUUUUUUAAGUUAUGCCACCCUUAUUAUUUGGUGAAACGUUAGACGUUUAUUGAUGAUUCUUUAUAUCCUUUCGUAGCAAGUAAUAAAUUACUUAGAAUAGCUAUAAGAUAUCUUGUUAAUACUCAAGAGGGGAACUUUAAAUUAUA